ACAAUACACACGAUUUGGUCCGUACGACAGCAAACAUCGUUUUUUCACCUAAAUUUUAACCUGCUGUACUGUACACGUAAGAAAAUACAGUGCAUUUGAUACAGUCCUUUCAAUAUUAGCCGAAAAGAGAAGAAUUUUGGGUGCUAUUUGUGCUGUGAAGUGCUUUUCUGUUAUAUCCUGUGACGCCGUGUCAUAAUAUUCGCAAUCGUCAUACACGGGUAGAAACAGAACAGGGCCGAAAAAAGCUUGCACGCCAGCGAGAUCAACAAAUCUCCGAAUUUAUAAUUAACAGUAGUCGCGAAAGAAUUUUCGACUAGAGACCUUUGAUACCGUUGCUCCUACAAAAAUACUACCUGGAAGAUUUUUGCAUAUUGACAGGGCUGAUACAGAGAAAAAAACUUGGUCCCGUGGUUUAUUUAGCGAAACUACGUUCUGAUUAUUAAGAUAUUCAGCGGAUUUGCCAUCCUAAGCGGAAGGAUUACAUUUUUUAAAGAGCGAAAAAUUGACGAAUUUCCAAAUUGUGAAGGCAGAUUGCGCUCAGCUGAUUGCUCCUGGUGGACACGAUUCGUGGAACAAUAAAAAGGUGCGCGCACACUGUUUGGAGGUGGGAAGAGGUGUUUGGUUGACAACCAGCCGCGACAGUCGGUAGGAGGAAGUGAGUGGCCAAUGUUGAUACUGGUGUGAGAAAAGCAGACCACAGUCGAAAAGCUUACGAGAUGGGUGCGUUUCUGGAGAAACCGAUGACAGCGAAACACAACGAACAUGGUGAAGGGAACGGUUUACGGUACGGUGUCGGUUCAAUGCAAGGAUGGCGAUGCGAAAUGGAAGAUGCACAUUAUUCAAAAACGGGACUAGGUGAAGGUUUAGACGAUUGGAACUAUUUCGCGGUUUUCGAUGGACAUGCUGGUCACAAAGUUGCUGAUCAUUGUGCCAAAAACUUGCUACAGUCUAUUAUCCGAACACAAGAAUUUAGCAAUAACGAUAUCACCAGAGGCAUACAUGCUGGCUUCCUUAAACUGGACGAAACGAUGCGAGACAUACCGGAGCUAGCCUCUGGAGCAGACAAGUCCGGCACAACUGCUGUCUGUGCUUUUAUCUCGGGACAAAGCGUCUACGUUGCUAAUUGCGGUGAUUCGCGAGCUGUUCUCUGUCGUAAUAGCGCACCUAUUUUUUCGACUCAAGACCACAAACCUAUACUGCCAGGAGAAAAACAGCGCAUUGUGAAUGCUGGUGGUUCGGUAAUGAUUCAAAGGGUAAACGGCAGCCUGGCUGUUUCCCGAGCACUUGGAGAUUACGAUUUUAAAAGUGCCCAGGGUAUAGAUCCGUGCAAGCAGCUGGUUUCGCCAGAGCCUGAAAUAUUCUGUCUAGAUCGGGACCCAACCGAUGAAUUUUUGGUGCUUGCCUGCGAUGGUGUGUGGGAUGUUAUGAGCAAUGCCAAUCUCUGCCAGUUUAUACACAGUCGAAUGCAAAUUUCGGACAACUUGGAAGACAUAACAAACCAGGUUAUCGACACCUGUCUGCACAAGGGAAGCCGUGACAAUAUGAGCAUAAUUAUCAUUGCAUUCCCGGGUGCCCCUGGGGUGAGUGAAGAUGCUUUGAAAAAGGAGGAAAAACUAGAAGCAGCAUUGCGUACAAAGAUCGAAGAGAUUAUCACCGAAAUGGGCCCAAACGUAGAGUACGGAUUACUGCUGAAACAACUCAGCGAACAACACAUUCCGGAUUUGCCACCUGGCGGUGGACUAGACGCCAAAUGUUCAUACGUGUCAAAGGUAUUCAAAGAGCUCUGCCCUAAGCUGGCAGAUACCUCCGAGGUCGGCUGCUAUUGAGACAACGGUUUGCUGUGGGAGACACGCGCCCGUGCUGAAGCGCGGCUGGUCAGGUUGCGACGCGAACAACAGACCGGGCAUGCAUCACCUGGCAUGGAGCACGAAGAGUUUUUAACGGAAAUAACUGAAAACCACAUUCAUGUAUAGAAGAAACAGAAGCGAGCAAUCGCGAACUUUUUUGCGCGAGCGUGAGAGUAUGAAAGUAUGCGAAACAGAUAAAGAGAGACAAACAGAAAAAUGGUGAAAAAAAUAACCGAGAAAUCAUGAGGUACAUAUUAUAAACAAUAUUACAUGCAUAAUCAAAUUUUUAGAUUGGUCGUACGUUUAUUUUUUUUUUUUACUUUUUUGGAAGAGUGACUCAUUAGAAUAACUGUAAAAAAAAGUUUACUAUAGCUAACAACCAGAGAUAGCAUAACAAAAUGAAGAAAAGGAAUAUAUGACAGUCAUCCAAAGUUUUAAGACAUUUAUUCGAUGAAUUGUUGGACGAUAUAGUUAUAAGAUGGUUGACUGGCUCUGAGAAAGUGUUCGAUAAUUUGUUUACUCAAUAGUUGGUAUACAUAAAUUUUGUUGUCAUCAAUAAUUUACCUUCAGCGUUAAUGUAAACAAUGUAUUGGGAAUUGGUAAUUCUGGUUUAGUGGCUAAUAAAAGCUGCAAAUUUCAGCCAUUUUAAUUUGUUUAUUUAUUUGUACAUCAACAGGCCUUGUGGCCCAAAUGAUAAUUUAACCUAAAAACUACGCGCUAUUGAAAAAAAGCGAUUUUUCAGCACGUUACGGCUGACGUCAAAUUCGAAGCUGGUGUAAAAGCGGUUAAAAUGGCGUUGGAGACCGGUAAUCGUGCUGAAGCUGCUGUAGUUAGUCCGUCGAUUCGGCACGUGUAAAAAGUGGCUAUUGCGUAAUGUACGACUCCGGACGUGAAUAUCAAGGUUUUGCAAUAUAUACGGGCAAUCCACCCGUGAGGUCAAUAAAUCGGAAACAAUUGUUGCUCUAUUUACAUCGCGACGAACAUGAAGGGGGUCUAGGUCGAUGAGCUUACAGCGUUGUUCGUAGCUUGGCAGCUGGAAAGGGUUAUUCCACGGAAGUUUCCGAAGAGCAAAACGAAUGAAUCUCCGCUGCACUGACUCGAUUCGGCUAACUCCAUUUUGAUAGUAUGGGCUCCAAACUGGAGCACAGUAUUCAAGGUUGGAGCGGACUAAUGCACAAUAAAGAGCUUUCAAGCAGUAAACAUCGUUGAAGUUCUUGCCGAUGCGCAUAAUGAAUCCGAGGUUUCUGCAGGCUUUGUCCACGAUGUACGCGAUGUGCUGUUUGAAUGUAAGUUUAGAGUCGAGCAGUAUCCCCAGAUCCUUGACGCAGUUUUCACGACGUAAUGGCGUAUUUGACAGCUUGUAGUCAAAAGCGAACGGGCUCAGCUUUCUGGAAAAUGUGAUGAAAAUGUGAGCCAGUUUAAUAGUUGCUCAUACCAGUCAAAUUUUUAUGGGAUGCCAUUUUGGACCAAAUCCAACACAGACUAAUUAACCCAAUGUUUGCACAUUGUUAUUUAGGCGACAAAAGCGAUUAGUUUACAUAUGUUCUUCAGGAAAAAUAUUCUUCGAAAUAAAUUUUUGACAUAGUCCUAAUUCAAUUUUGUCGUUUUUUUGGGAUUAGAUUUGUAUAGCAGACAAACAAGAAGCGAUUGGACCCAGAUAGGAUACAAGGAUGUAGAGGUCCAGAAAAACAUUACACAAACACAAGCAUUUUGCUAUUUUUCCCGGUUCGUGGAUAUGUUCUAUUAGCAUGAUAAAUGUCACUGUACCCUCCGUUACUCGCGCUAUUGCAUUUUGUACAGCGCCUGUGAAACGUUAACUUUGUCUCGGUAUAUAUCGGGAUAUUGGCAAUAAAAAAAAUUACUGUUUUCAGCAAAGUUGGUCCGCAGACCAAGAUCUGUCAAUCGGUGGACAAAGUUUCAUAAAUUUUUCACCACCACUUCUUAUUUGACCCUUAUUUAUCGACAAAGACUUUGCGGGCGGCUAUUAGAGUACAAGACAGUGCAGUAUGGCUUGACCAGGUCGAAAGAGAUUUGUAACUUCUGGCGACGAGUGGCCCAAUAUCAAUGGAGACGACUACUUGAAACUGCACGAGCAACUCCGGCUCUAUGCUGGUGACGACGAUGACUUUCUAACAUUCCCUGUAAAGACCCAAACAGAAUUCUGCGUCAACCCAUCCGUCAGCGUCAAUUUGACAAUAAACCCAUGGGAAAACUGUCAAAAUAACGCUGACGGGCGCUUUGACGCAGCAUUCCGUUUGGCGCUUAAAUCGUGAAUAGUAUGACACCAAGGCUCUUCAUUUCUUCAUUUCUUUCACAAUUAGUAUCGCAUUAAACUGUAGGAAUUCGGAAAAAAUUGGACACACAAAACAAGUUGUAUUUUUUCCUGUUUUAACCACAAUUUCUCCAAUUCAAGUUCACAAUGUUGUCUCAUAAUGUUCCCAAAAAAUUCCGAUAGAACGAAGUUCCGGAGUAUCUAGAGGGUUAUGCUCUUUAGCUAUGUACGAAGACAACAUUGGUGUUUUUGACCCAGCCGAAGAUACAGUCUGAGUUUGUUAAUUCAGUCACGACUUUACUCCAACUAGCGAAUCGGGUUGUUCGCUAAUUGAACCGAUUUACAGUUGAUAGCGGUUUCGAAACGAUAGAAUUUUGCCAUUUAAGUGCUUUGCAGUUUAGUUAGAACAUGACCCAACUGACGAACAGCCCAAUUAACGAGCUCGUGAGAUAUCAAUAAGACUAAAAACCGCUUUUGGAGCCAUUCGUCUUAAUAGAUUUUUCCGUUGACAGUCCUUGCUGUGAAAAACGGUUGACUCAUUUUGUCACAUCCGCAGAUCGCUUACCAAAAUUCCUUCGUACACUCUCAGGAACAACUUAGAGGUGGUAACAUUGUAUUCCUGUCCCGGCAUUUGUCUGGUGUCGGCAUUGAUGAACGUUUCAUCAUCCAUCAAAAUGCAGAACGGUUUUGUGAACCACUUUCCUGUACAGUGUGCUUGUGCGAGUUUUGGUCACCGUGGUCUGUUUAUCAUUCCGGUUCGGUAUUAUUAUUAGGAAAAACCAUCAGGAGUAAACAAAAUCGAACCUAAUUAUACAUACAUAUGUAAACUAAGAACCUCAAGAGCCAGAACAAACAAUCCCAGAACUGCUUUCAGCUUUUUGUCCCUAAUAUAACCAUUGCGACGAUUCGGGUGAAUGGUGGGUCUCACUUUACAAGAACAUGCCAAUCGUAUCAUGGCACUCGUAAUUACUCGGGAUCAAAAAGCAGAAUGUCUCAAAAACUAGAAAAAAAUCUGGAUCUGUGUCAUCUUCGUUCGUACAACAUAUUUGGGUAAAUAUUUUCAUAAAUCGCUACAGAAAUAUCAGCCUCGUCAGAUUCAAAUAUACGUACCUAUAAUAGCAUCAUUACACAUUCACUCAAAGACAGGAUCAUAAAAAAACACUGCAUAUUGGAAAACAUUGGAGACAUGGUAUAGUAUCGACAAAAAAAAGAUGAAAGCAACUGAAAAGAUUAACAAUAUAAAGUUUUAUAAUCAUUCAUCUCCCAUACACUAGACAGAUCACUGAAAUGAUGAAUUCACGAACAAACGGAAAAAUACCUAAUCAGCCUACUUAAAAAAAUAAGAGCUUCACUUGGGUAACAAAAAUUCAAACCGAAAAACGUUCGAGAAUAAUGUGUAGGUUAUUUUACGUUUAGAUAUUUUUAAGCUUAAGUAGAUUCAAUUUUGGCAGUCCCAACGAAACGAGUGAUUUUUGACAGGCAAAUAUUAUAUUUUUUUGGUUUCCUGCGCACUAACCACUUGUCGAACGGUGGUACGAUCAAUUAGAAUGCCCAUACUGGAUUUUUUUUGACCAGAGAGACAAAAGUUAGUUGCAGUUUUUGCCAUAGUUGAUCGUAACUUGCGUGUAAACAAAUACGACUUACAUAUCUCAACAUUGGUUACUAGCAAGGUUUAAUAUAGCCGUUGGUCUACAUACAUACGUAGCUAACUGAGCCCAAUUUCCACAAUUGAGUUAUGUGAUCUGGUUAAGUGUAAAUGGAUCUUCAAGAAUGAUUAUUUUCAGGAAUGAUGUGUUAUUUGUUCCAUUGUAAUUACAUACCACCUAUAUAGGUUUAACAUCGAUUUACUUAACUUUGGAUUACAUACAAACACAUUUAGAUGCGCCCAUACGUGGUGAACACUAAACGGAAUACUGGUUAUAGUAAGGAAAAAUAGAAAUUAAAAAACGAGAUGAAUGCCUGACGCUUGAGAAUAUCUUCAACACUCCAUAGCGUAAGUUUAAUUUAUGUCGCCCAUAUAAAUUAUUGGAAAGAGUAGAUCACGGCAACGAAUAGAACACUGAGCCGUUGCAAGAACAAUAGGUAUACAAUGUUAAACUAUUGGCCAUACUUACGGCAAAGAAACAGAUAGACGGUUCGAUGGGGGUGAAUAUAUUGAACCAUUUCCAGUAUCGAACAAAUGCCACAUAAGAUGGUCAUGGUAUUUAUUAAGGGCAACCCAAAACAAACCUGUAAAUGGACAAGCUGAACAAAUAG